AGAGAAUCUCAGUCAGCGUGCGUGAUCAGUUUCAUUAGUCGAGGUGAAGGAAUACUUUUUUACAGUUGAGGUAAGUGUCACAAUCACCAUAUCAAUUCAAAGAAUGAUUGUCAUCGCUAAAAGCACAAUUAUAAACGAUACAACGCUUCGCUCGACAUGAUUUGAUCUAUAUCUGAAGUUUCCGAAAGCUGCGUUGUAGUCAGUAUACUAUAUAUACGUAUAUACAUGUACAGCUGAUGAAGCAGUUUUUGCGAUAGAAGAGGUUUCUAAUGGGUAUCAGAGUGUAAAAUAAGGCCGCAUUGCAAUAUGCAGAAGAACUGAAGACGCCGCUUCAAGCUUUAUACCGAAACAAUCUAAACUAUUAGGACGCGCGCCUAAGACAGCCUAGACCCAUCGAGUUUCGCUUUCAUCGCUUGGAAAGCUGGAGCAUACUAUGUGCUUUUUAGAAUACAUUUAAACCGGCUGUUCAUUUUCAGACGAUUUCAUAGGUUAUUAUUAACUUCUGUUUGUGAAAGAAGCCAGAUGCAGGCGAACAUGUUGAGCAAGUCAAAAGUUGUGUUGACCUCACUAAAAUGGGUCGUAGCUACGGAACGGACUUAUUCUUGUUCCAUUGAAUUAGAAAUCGAAAUUGAUUCUUAUCAGCAAAAUUUGAGAAGAAGGCUGAGAAGUUACGUUAGAGCUUUAUGCAGCACAGUUACUAACUACUCUUCGCUCGGCUUGGAUUGUCGUGUUUGACGGAAGUGAUUCCACGUGCGUUUCACGCGCGCCACAUUUUCUUUUAAACAAUAGAGAACUUUCAACUACUUCUGAAAUGAUUAGAUGCAUGAGAAAGACGUAUUUCGCCGUUAAAUAAAAUCCACAGCUUUGACUAAGAAAGGCUACCGCUCAAAAGUCACUGAGAAACUCUUUACGGUGGCCAAACAAAAUUAUCGUGCAAUAACCCCCGCUGACGUAGCAUCACAGUUUCUUUAGAAACUUGCUCCCUUUAUUUUAACUGCCUCUGCUAAGAUUUGACUCUCAUUACUCCCUUUAUUAAUUAUUCGAAACUCCGCCACCACAAUUUUCGUCGAACGCCAGCUGACAGCCUCUAAGCAUAUAAACAGUUAUGCUUCCGCUUGCCGCUACUUGGGCUUUAUGGGAAUCAAUUUCGCAGGAGUAAGCAUUUUUGAAACUCGGUAGACACAAUUAAUUUCUUCAUCCCCAGCAUUUUAGCAUAAUGUCUUCUAAAUAUUCAUUUCAGAUAAGGAACCUUUUCAGUGCUCGCAUCUCCCAACUUUGCCAAUUUGCAAAACAGCUGAACAAUCAGCCUGCAUUAGAUCAAAGCCUGUCAGGAUGACGUCAAAAUAUUUCUGGAUUUUGGUGGUUUUAAGUAUGCUUGCCAACCAAACAGAAGGAUGGAGGAGACGACGAAGACGGAGGUGCCCAAGAAUAAACUGUGCCGUCACUACUUUCAAGCAGUGGAGUUCAUGUAGCCUGCCAUGUGGUAACGGAGGGACACAAACUCGUACACGCACUGUAUCAAGGUAUCCUUCAUGCGGUGGGUCCUCGUGUCCUCCGUUGAUAGAAACACGAGCUUGUAAUAGAGGAUGUUCUAAUGGAGGUACACCUCUAAUUGGCCGAUGUCUUUGUAAGAGCGGAUAUGGCGGACAAUGCUGUACUAGAGGUAGAAAAAACUUAGUAAUUUAUGAAGAAUCUAAGGGACUGAUUUCUUCUUUGAUCUUUUCGGUCGCCUCUUGCUCGGUUAGUUUUUUUCCUUUGUGCGUGCCUUACUUCAGCUUCUGCACAAUAAAACACACAGAGAUUUAAUGAAGAGGUUAACCGUGCCUUAUAAGGAAGAGAUUUCGAUCCCAAAAUAUUUUCCUCCCUCGAGAAACUAGAGGACAGGGAUUAAAGAGUUCCUUGGUAUCUUCCGCUUUCCUCCUUUGCACUACUUGCACUUCUUAUCAUAAUGCAAUUACCUUAAACACUAAUAAAUUAUACUAAUCAAUCAUAACUUCUGCCCUUCAGUUAACGGAGGUUAUUCCACUUGGAGUAAAUGGAGCGCAUGCACCGCUCUCUGUGGAACUGGUAAACAGUUGCGCACACGAACCUGCACAAAUCCGUCUCCAAAAAAUGGCGGCAAAACUUGCUCUGGCUCAUCGCAGCAAGAGCGACCCUGUGUUCUACGCCCCUGUCCAGGUGAGGAAACAAAGAUAGAUUUAUAGUUCUGAUUUUUUCCCCCUCGUUGUUGAAAUAUUCUUGUAAGCUAGACACCGGAGAGGUGAGUAGACUUCACUUUUACCUGAAGCUUAAAAGCGUCAGAGACGAAAAGCAGAAGUUCAAAUGUCUUGAGUUUCUUUUUAGUAGAGGCCCUCUAGUGUUUUCAUUGAAUUUUUAGAGAUUUUGGCAAUCGGAUAUGGUAUAUUUUGGUUUUCUACAAACGCCUGAUACCUCUUUUUGUACAGUCUAGAAAUUGGUACGGAAAAGAAUGCUCCGUCACGCAAUUUUUUUUCCUCCCAGUAGCUUUUGCAUUUUUCAGGUUGUGUCCUACGUUGUGCUUCUCUCACACAUAACAUACAAAUUUAUCAUUUCUUCCUCUUGCAAUUUAGUGCAUGGCGGUUGGUCAAAAUGGAGUGGAUGGACCUCAUGCUCUCAAACCUGUGGAACCGGUUUUCAAGUACGUUCUCGAAGCUGCACAAAUCCAAAACCACAACAUGGCGGGAGACUUUGCACUGGCCUUAAGAGUGAAAAGAGGAUUUGCAAUAGGCAAAGAUGCCCUGGUAAAAAAAUAAAUGUAGCUUCACUGAGUAGAAACACUGUUUCAUUCUUUCAUGAAAGGUCUUAUUCAUGAUUUUUAUCUCUUUUUGUACAGUCUAGAAAUUGGUAGAGAAAAGAAUCCCCCUUCACACAAUUUUUUUUCCUCCCCGUAGCUUUUGUAUUUUUCAGGUUGUGUCUUACGUUGUGCUUCUCUCACAUAUAAUAUAAUAACAUACAAAUUUAUCAUUUCCUCCUCUUGCAAUUUAGUGCAUGGCGGUUGGUCAAAAUGGAGUGGAUGGACUUCAUGUUCUCAAACCUGUGGAACCGGUUCUCAAGAGCGUUCUCGAAGCUGCACUAAUCCAAAACCAAAAUAUGGCGGGAGACUUUGCACUGGCGUAAAGAAUAAUAAGAGGAUUUGCAAUAGGCAAAGAUGCCCUGGUAAAAAUAAAUGUAGCUUCACUGAGUGGAAACAUUGUGUUAUUCUUUCAUGAAAGGUCUCGUUCAUGAUUUAGAUGGGAUUUCUUUAAGACAGCCUGUUCCCGGAAUGCUUUGACGAUCAGACACGAUGAUCGUUUUGACUCUCAAAAGGCAUUUUUGUGUUGUUUAUGCCUUCUUUGAUUUGUGUCUUUUCUUUGUUAUUUGAUCUGCUUGUUUUUUUUUGUUCAUUUGUUUUGUUUGCUUGUUUUUAAACUUUUUUUUGGCCGUAUUUACUCGUGGAUAUCCGAAGCAAAGGAACGAAUAAUGUGCACGUAAUAAUACGAUGUAAUAAUAUGUCCCUAUCGCUGACGUUCUACUUCCAUUUGCUACAACUCAGUUAACGGUGGUUGGUCAAGUUGGAGUGGUUGGACCUCUUGCACCAAACCCUGUGGAAUUGGUUCCCAAGAACGCGCCAGAAGCUGCACAAAUCCUCGUCCACAACAUGGUGGCAAAUCCUGCUCAGGGCCCGCCAAGCUGGAACGAUCGUGUAACCAACAGCCUUGCCCCGGUAAGAAGCGAAGAUUGCUGAUCUUAGAUAUGUAUGUCACUCUUCAUGAUUAGCCUAUGGAACUCGCCUUUAUCCUUACACCUACGAAAUGCAAACCUGAAGCCAACCUAGACUUGGUCACCCUCGUUUCCUCAUCCUCGAGGCUGUCUCAGGAUUCUUUGGUUCUAAACAGAAGUUGUGUGACAUGACACUUACGUAUUCGCGUUAGGUUAAAAGUGAAAUGGGAGACGUGAUGAUUGAAGCUAUAGGUUUUUAGGAAAGAGUGUACUAAGUUUGUGACGUGGUGAAUGUCGACGAUAAACAAUAAAAACAAGGAUUUGACGACUGAGAGGAGAGUGUACCCACAAGUUCGGUACAGCUCCUUGAGAUAUUUUCCAUUUUUUCUGAUUCACCAUCGUGAAUACUGUAGUUUUGAUUGAAUCAAUUUGGGAACAUUUUGUUGAUGUUCAAUUUCCUCUUGUUGCAACUUAGUACACGGUGGUUGGUCAAGAUGGAGCGGGUGGACUUCAUGCACCAAAUCCUGUGGAACUGGUUCCCAAGAACGUUUUCGAGGAUGCACUAAUCCUCGACCAAAACAUGGUGGUAGACUUUGCACAGGCCAAACACGUGACAAAAGGAAUUGUAACAAGAAACAGUGCCCUGGUAAAAUUCAGAUGUGACUGCACCAAGUGGAAAAACUUUGUUACUCUUUCAUGCAAUGUCCUCGUCAUGGGAAAGAUGGGCUUUCCUUUAAAGCGGCCUUUCCGGAAAAAGUUUAUGAAUGUAUACGGGAAUCGGUUAACCCAAAUUUAUUUCAUUGUUUAUUGUUGUUUUUGUUCAGUUUAGUUCGUUCUGUUUCUUUUCUUUGUUUUGUUUGGUUUUUAUCUCAUUUUUUUGCUUACUUCUUCGGACGUGUUGUUUUUAUUCUGAUAUUAUCUGUUGUUUGAUUGGCGUUUAAGUUGAUUGGACAUGUUAAGUGACUAAAACUCGAUUGAUCAAUAAUUUCAUCCUCCUCGGCAAAUAAAGUAUUUGAAAGCAAUUCAGUUUUUAAGUAUUUUCCACUGUUCCCCGCCCACCCAUUAUAAGAGAAAUGAACUUUCCGCAUGGUCGCACACAUUUUUGUCUAUACCCUUGGAUUCCUUAAUGUCUUUUGAUUCGCAAUUGUCUGCAGUCUCAUCCAAAAGUCCCUAAAUGCUAAAUUUCCAUUUGUUACAUUUCAGUUAACGGUGGCUGGUCAAGUUGGAGUGGCUGGACUUCAUGCACCAAUUCAUGUGGAAAAGGUUCUCAAGAACGCAUCAGAAGCUGUACAAAUCCUCGCCCACAACAUGGUGGCAAUUCUUGCUCAGGGUCCGCCAAGCUGGUACGAUCGUGCAAUCAGCAGCCCUGUCCCGGUAAGAAGGAAACAUUGCUGUAUGUCUUCUAAAAGUUUAAAAAUCCAGUAACAGUGCUGGAGUUCUAAGCUCAAAGGGAUUACAAAUAAACAGCAUCAAACUUAAACAGAACAAACAAUAAACAAGAAGAAUUGUUAUGUACCUACACUUUCACUCAACAAAACGAGCUUUAUGAUUAGUUGAUUCUUGGUCACGUGCUCCUGUUCAAAUUCAAAUUCAUCCCGACCGGGAUACAAUUCCGCAGUUGUUACCCGCGCGCCGAAUACUACAGAAUGUUUUUGCCAUGCGAUUGUUUAAGGGAGAGUCUAAAUAUAUAACAAAGCACUUAAUGUAUGGUCCCUCAGGAACCAGUUAGUUUUGCUUUUCCUCGAAUUCUGUUGUUUCCCGAGACGAAGUUUAUAUUAGUGAUAAGUGUAUAUUAUUAAAUAGAGAAGAAAAGGUUAAAAGAAAAUCCAUUCUACCUGUUUGUUUUUAAUCUUAAUCUAUAAUUCGUCACGUCUUUCUUUUCCCUUGUAGUGGAUGGAGGAUGGUCAGGCUGGGGUGUAUGGUCAGACUGCAGCCAUCCCUGUGAUGUUGGAGAACAGAGGCGAUCACGAACGUGCACGGCACCGUCCCCUUUAUAUGGAGGAAAAUCCUGUCCAGGAGCAAGGAAUGAGCAGCGGGUGUGCAACACGCAUCCAUGCCCAGGUAAAUAAGGGUGAUGUCAUAGUUCUUCUCUUUCAGGAGUAAUUUUUAAUAAUAAGUCACAACUUUAGGUGUACUACAUACUUACCUCAUAGAUGAACAUCCUUUAAACACACUUCACUAAAAAAUUUCACUCCGUACAUGUUGCUUAUUUUCCAGUCAACGGAGGGUGGUCCAGCUGGUCUAUGUCAAUGCCAUGCAGUGUGACUUGUGGCAAUGGAGUAGAAAUCGUUUCACGAUCUUGCACACAUCCUACGCCUAAACAUGGGGGAAAGCCUUGCUCUGGAGAAGCAAAGAAGAAGCAGCCUUGCUCGAGAAUUUCUUGUCCAGGUAAGGAAAAUGUUAUUGCUCUUUGAUAGAUUGUGUUAUGCUGUUAGGUUUAUCAAGUUAGGUUUAGAAUAGGCUAUGAAGAAAAGUGAUAGGUCAUAGGCAACAGGUAAUUUUCUGUGUUUCCAAAAACCAUUUGAUUUAGCUCCCCAACUGUAUCCUCAUUUUAUAUUCUAUGCUGCACUAUUCAUGUAGCGUGAAUAGCCUGACCUGUGUCGAUAACGUACAUUCUACGUAUCCAGUGCCAAAAUGACGAGAAGGAAUAUAUCAGCUGGUUUUGCUUAAUCGUGUUAGUUUUUAGGAAGUCUUAUUUUUUUCACAGUCAACGGUGGUUGGUCUGUUUGGUCUAUGUCAGUGCCAUGUAGUGUAAGUUGUGGCAAUGGAACAAAGAUUCUUUCUCGCACUUGUACAAAUCCUGAGCCUAAACAUGGUGGAACGCCAUGUACAGGAAACACACUGAAGAUACAGGCAUGUGUGAGACAUCCUUGUGCAGGUGGGUGUGUCGCUGUUUAGAUCAAUCUGAUUUCAUCUUUCACUUCAAGUGUUUUUUGCGAAGGUAACCAUUCACGUUAGACAUUCUUUCUUAUACAAAGAAAACUGGACACCGUUUAGGAGAAACACAUUUUAGGAGUUUGCGGUUUGAUGUUUUAACUUUCUUAGAACACAACACUAUUUGUGACUAUGCUGUAUCGUUAAUUCGUUAAUCUUUACAGUUGACGGUGGUUGGUCAGUUUGGAGUGAAUGGAAUUCCUGUAGUAAAUCUUGCGGAACAGGUUUACAAGAACGGUCUCGGAACUGUACGCAGCCAGAGCCCAUGCAUAACGGAAAGCCUUGUGAGGGGGAACCGUGGGAAAACCGCCAGUGCAAUGCGCAUGCGUGUCCUGGUAUGUAAAUUGGAGACAUCUCGUCCAUUCCAAUUGUCUUUGUCUGCCUUUUCCUUUCGUAGAAGCAGGCCAGAAGUUAACAGCUGCUAAAUUAAAGCCUGCAUCAUUUUAGGUCUGAAAUUGUAAACUUCAUACUGAUGAAAGCUCAGAGCAGCGACGCAAAUACAUAACAGCGCUGCAGAAUAAGCGAUAUAAAGCAAAUCCCUAUAGUAUGAGCGUUACGCCGUAAGCACCUUUGUUACCAGCAUUAGACAAACCUAUGAUUGUUGUAAUGUUAGUGGAUGGCGGUUGGAGCAGCUGGAGCUUGUGGUCUCGGUGUGAUAGAGUCUGUGGCGGAGGCAAGAGACAACGUCUUCGUUCCUGCACAAACCCAUCGCCCUCCUCUGGUGGAAAAGGCUGUGGUUCUCACUACUAUGAGUCCAAGGAAUGUGCUGUAAAUAAAUGCCCAGGUCUGUCUGUCUUUGCUUUUCGUCCAUUUGCUGUUAGUCCUUGGUCGUCUGUCUGCCUGUCUAUAUCUCCGUCCUUCUUUCUGUUCGUCUGUCUGCCCAUUUAUCUGUUUUUCUGACUGUUUGUCGGACAGAAGGACAGACUUUCUGUUCAUUUAGCGGUCUUUUUGAUUGUCUGUCUAUCUUUUGUAUUCAUCUGGCGGUCUGUUUUUCUAACUCUGUUUCUGCCUGUCAGUCUGUCUGUCUGUCUGUCUAUUAGUCUGUCUGUCUGUCCGCCUGCGCGUCUGUCUGUGCGUGCGUCAGGAUUUCAGUUUAUCUGGCGUAUGUUUGUCCAGCUAUUUUUUUUUUCUGUUUGUCCGAAUAUUUGUUUUCUUCUGUUUGUCCGUUUGUUUGACUGUUUGGCUCUCUGUCAGUGCUUUUGCUUUGUCUCUGUCUGCCACUCAAGUUUUAUCGGUUUCGUGUGCCCUUUUUACGUCUUGUGGAGUGAUGUGUUGUCUAUCUGUCUGUCUGUCAUGUCCAUCAGUUUUCUAUUUGCUUGUUAUCUCUCUGAAGGUUGUUACAGUCUAUUUGCCGAUACUUUUCUGUUCUUUCCUUUUAUAUCUGUUACAUACCUGUCUACCCACAAUCAUCAUAGCUACUUAUAUGAAGUAACUGACGAAGCUUGACAAUGUAACAAAGUUUGUAACGGUUAGUCCAAAACUAACGCACCUCACAUAGAGGCUUUAUAGACUGGAUCUUUUUGUACGUUGCUUGAAAAUUGGGCUAAUACUAAAAGCUAAAAUGGCGUAUUUCGAUCUGUUCAAUUAAUAGUUGACGGUGGUUGGUCAAACUGGAGUGCAUGGACAUUUUGCAGCCAGUCUUGUGGAACUGGUGUUAAGGAGCGCUCCAGAAACUGCACGCAGCCAGUUCCAAGUCAUGGCGGGAAAAAAUGCCAAGGAAAAGCACAGGAAAAGUAUGAAUGUAACACGCAUUCCUGCCCGGGUGAGUACUUCAUCUAAGAUUAGGUUCGACUCAGAAUACGUGUUAUAUGAAAAUUUUGCGACCAAUUGAAUUAGUGGAUUUUGCGGAUUGUCUGCUAUCCCCGUGACAAGAACGGUGACCAGAUGGGAGAGACUAGUGCGAGAGGUCUGGGUUCGAGGCAUGGCUGUGUCGUAUGUUCUUGGAAAAAACACUAAACUCACAGUGCAUCUCUCUACUCAGGAGCACAAUAUGGAUACCUGCAUACAGUGCGAGAAGCCUGACGAAUUCCGGGGGGGGGGGACUUGCGAUGACUACUCGUUUAUAUGUGUGUUCGAGGAUUCCAUAUUAGACAGUCAUACUUUUACUUUGAUCUUUUAUUAAUAAGACAAAGUUUAUUUACAUGUAAUCGUCAUGAAACUCGAAACUAUUGUCCAAAUUUUAAAAUUGCUUUAGUGUUCCAGUGUGAUAAGUGUUAUUAUUAGUUUUUGUGUUAUUCAUCGCAGUGCACGGUGCUUGGAGCGUUUGGAGUUCUUGGUCAGCCUGUGGCAAAACCUGUGGAGGAGGCGUCAGAGAACGCACUCGUUCUUGCACAAACCCACCGCCCUAUUUCGGUGGGAAAGGCUGUGGUGCUCAGAACCAUGAAACAAAGGAAUGUGCCAUAAGCAAAUGCCCAGGUUAACAAUUUAAAUUGGUUUUUUUCUUUCAAGUUAGUGAGACCAGUCUUGUAGCACCAUUCUUUCCACGUGUUAUUACUACUUUUUCAAUGAGGGGCUUGGCCUUUGUUUUUUAUUUUCUCGUUUUUGUUGUAACUAUUUACUCACGUUUUUUUUCCUUUUUCGUUUUGCAGUUCAUGGCGGUUGGUCCAAGUGGAGCAACUGGACUGAGUGUAGCGUGACAUGCGGUUCUGGUGUGGUGACACGCGAUCGCCAUUGUAACAAUCCCGAACCAGCCGCCGGUGGCAAACAUUGUAAUGGAACUAAUAAAGAGAGCAAGUCGUGUAGGGCUGAAGGACAAUGCAUAGGUAAGAGUCAACUUAUUACUGGGAGAAAGGAACUCAAAACCUGACAAUAAACAAAGAGAGUAGUUUCCUUUGCAUGUGUCGUUCAGUCUUGUCAUGCAACGCGCUUUCGCGGUAGAGUGUUGCUUGACAGACGAAAUCGGCCGCGAUAAGAAGAGGGUCCUUAGCAGAGGAGAAAAGUGACAGGUUAGAGAGAGAGGGUUUCUAAGUUUUCCGCACGAAGCACUGGUUUAAAUUUAUGGUAACUAUUCUUUUACUGUAUGUUUUGUGUGAUGGUUGACGAAAUAUCCGAAAAUUCCUUUGACUUUAACUCUUUUUUUUAAUUUCCGUAUUGUUUUUCAGUCGAGGUCGGCUGUCAUGAGAGCUUUUCUUCCGACAAACUUGCAAGCUUUAAUGAUGAGAUUGACUGGUCCUCUCACAUCUCUUCACAAUUGCGAAAGAUUGUAGCAAAAUGUGCUAAUUUAGCAGUGGAGAAGAAAUACAGGUUCUUCGCAGUUGAGGACUUUGGAAACUGCCAAGGAAGGCAUGUCUUCGUUAGUCGAUCCAAGGCAUCCAGGUGUAAUCAUGGCGUCGGUUUGAAGGGAUAUUACUAUGUCUAUGAAGUCUCUUUGUGAACCUUAGAACGAUAUCAGCUGACAAACUGCGAUCGCUUGGAUUGGUCACUUAUCAGGGUCUAUCAGCGAUUGCAGACGAACGCGGCUUUAGAAGGUGGUUCGAUGUAAUCGCUAAAAAAAGUUCUCUGAUUUCUGCUUCCUUUUCAUCAGCGACAUUUGUAGAACGUGUCAGCUUGUUUGUGCGCGAUCCCUUGGGCGGUUCACUCACUUGAAAAAUCGGUGAUGUAGGUAAUCACAGGCUUGUAAAAAGUGGUGAUAUCUUCGAAAUCACAGAUCAGUGUUUUUCGUACGAAUUACGAUUUUUUGGGGGGGAGGGGGAAACGAUCCCGUCGAUCGAAACUAUAAUCUAAAAGAUUCAGCGUCAAGUCAUGACGCGUGCCUAAAAUGGAAAUUUCAGCAUCACACAUGAAGAUAGCUACACACAUCUCUUCAGCCGCCUCGUAUUUUUUUUUUCCAUCGUCUUUUUUUGUUUUGUUUUGGUCGGUUUUAUUAUUGCUUUCAAAUAGUCAAACUGUGAAUUCAUUCUAAGACGUUUUUAACCAUUGAAUUAUUCUUCUCUCCGGGUGGUUAUGCAGCCAUACCGUGACUCUGAUCAAUUCAAAGGGACCAGGAGAAUUCCAACGCUUUUGGCUUCCUGAGAAAUACAAGAAUUGGUUGUUAAGUAAGAACCACUGACUAAGUCAAACAGGAAAAUUUAGAGAGUCACGUUGGACUAUCGAGAAAAGAGGAAGCUAAGAUAUUGACAGAUGACACUUGAGCUGUAACCUUCUGGUUGUAACGUGACUUUAAGCUAUAACGUAUUAUUUUAAAAAAAGGCUGGUAUUAUUUAUGGUGACGUGUCAGUCACGGGGCUUAGCAAAUGAUUACUUCUUGUUUACUUGUGCAUGUUAUCAAACCGAUACAAUAAAGGUACUCUAUAAAUUUGUUUGUAGUCGCCACGUAAAUUAUUAGUAACAACAGACGCUUCAGUUAAGACUGGAAAACGACCCGGUGUUUUAGUCUUCUGUUGUCUUGAUAAAACCUUAAAAAAGCACUCUUCCCUCCGCAAUCGGUAAGCUUUCACUUCCAACACGGCCAAAGAAAGUUAUGGAAUUUGGACUUUGCCAAAGGAAUUUUUUCGUCCUGGAUGUCUUAAGAUUGUUCAACUGUCCCAACUCUAUCAGAUAAUUUCAGUACAGACUUUUUUUCAUUUAAUGAAGUUUGCAUCUUCUGCGGGGUUCAAGGGUCGUCAAAAUUUUAUAAUUAAAGAGGCUUAUAAAUUUUGAAGGAUGUAACGUGAACACACUUUUCAAAUCCGAGGUGAGUGGGAACUCCAGAAGCGUAAGAAGCUUAGCAUCAUCAUUAAAACUCUCGAAGUUCCAACGCUUCCAAUGUUCGGAAUUGAUUCUGACCUCAGAACGGUAAGGAGAUAAAUAAAAACAUUGAAUGACCUAGUCGAGAAGGAAUCAAUGCUGAAGGAAGUUUUCCCAACACACGUUAUUUCCUCUUCCUCAGUGGUUGAUUCGAUCUAUAUUAAGUAGAGCCAGUUCACGCAUAUUUCAGUUUAUCUUGGUCAAGAAGUGCUGCAAAGACUGAACAUUUUUGUAAGACCGUAUUUUCUAAAAACGAGUCACAACCUGGAAAUAUAUAAGGAAUAAUCUAGUUCAGGUAAGCAUAAUAAUGUGACAAUGCAUAUUAAAUUUGAUUUUUUUACAUAGAAAACGUGUGAAAAAUCAGUGACACGUACUUUGAAGUUUACUAUCCGGUGAUUUCAAACUUUUUAGCUCUCACAGUUCAAAGUUUUUAUUUUCAUUUAUUUUGAUUUCAAGUACUUUUAAGGCCCGUUUCUUAUGCAACUGUUCACUCAGAUCUGUCUGAAACAUGCGUGGAGAAUGGGGACGAAAACAAUGCGAAACAUGCGCAACUGUAUAGAAGGAGGCUUUUACUUAAAAGGAUAGUAUGCAAACGCAACUUUUGCUAAGGGCUAGGGCUGCUUAUCUUUGGUUGAUCUAGACUCCCGACUCUUUUGUCCGAAGGGAAUCUAGCAUCUUUCCUCUCUCUCUAUCAGUCACUAAGAACUAGUCUCGAAAAUGUUUUUGGGUUUUUCACUGGCACUGAGAUCAGCUUUCCACUAUUUUUACUUGUAUAUUUCAGGCCCAUGCUAUCGCGUUGGUGAUAAUUUCCGCACUCUUUCUCGCCAACAGACUUUCACGAAGGCCUUUGAGAAAAUGAUACGAAUGUCACUUUUAUCCUUUACUGUGCUCUGCUUUGCGUCGAUGGUAAUUCAGGCAGAUGGAUGCCUGUUCAGCUCGGGCUGCAGUAAAAGGGACUGUAUUGUAAGUUCCUGGUCCAAGUGGAGUAAUUGUACUCAGCCAUGUGGUGAGGGGGGAACACAAUGGCGCACACGCCGGGUGACUAAAGGAGCCCGAUGUGGUGGGUCGUGUUCGUACUUGCUCGCAGAUAUCCGGUCAUGUAACGAUGUAUGUCCUAACGGUGGGACUCCAGUUUUUGGUAAAUGCCAUUGUAAACCAGGCUAUAGUGGAAAGUGCUGCACUGGAGGUAAUUACAGUUGUGCUUAUCGAUGACUGUCUAACUGCUUGAUUGCUUGACUCAAGUAACGACUGACGUAGUGAUUCUACCGUCUUAUUUCUUCUUUAGUUGAUGGAGGUUGGUCAAAUUGGAGCAACUGGACAGCUUGUUCGAAAACCUGUGAAGUUGGGAUCAAAUCACGAACGCGGAAGUGCUCCGAACCGGUGCCGCAAAACGGCGGGAAAUCAUGUCAGGGGUUAG